ACGAGUGCGUUCAUGAAUCAAAAUCAACGCCAAACCUUUCGUAAGCCAAAUACGUAUGACGUGACAAAGUAGACGUGCAUCCGGAGUAAGUGCAAGCAAAAAUAAUUGCUUAUAUAGCACAAGGAAUGUGUUGCGUCGACAAGCGCGUGAUCGAAACACCCGAGUGAGAUUGCUAGAUUAUGUUUGUGAAAGGUCCUGUGAGAAUUUGACUCAAAUAAAGGCCGAUGGAAUGGAGGACAUUGAUGGUGUUGACGACGGUGGGAAUAACACUACUCUAUCACAAUGAGUGUUUAUUGGUGAUGGACAAAUGUAUGAACAGCACAGAGUGUCCCCUUAACAGCGCAUGCGGACCCCAGGGUUGUGAUGGAGAUGUGUGUCUUUGUUCAGAUGGCUAUGUGCCAGCCAAUGACCUUACCGGAUGCUUCAAAGCGGCAGAGCUUAGUCGAGCAUGUGACGGUGUAACGGUCUUGUGUCGAGAUAAGCUUGCCGUCUGUGUCUCAGGACGCUGCGAGUGUCGGUCUUCCUACGUUCCCACUGAGGAUAACCUUCGCUGUAAGAUCAAACCCGCCUUCGGGGUACGAUUCGCUUUGUUGGGUGAGCCAUGUGACGAGGAUACCUUGUGUCAGAGAAAGGCGGAGCAAUCCUGUGACCCCGCCCUGUCACGCUGUGUGUGUGACCCGGGGCUUAGGCCAGCUACCCCUGAGGAACUGCUAGCAGAGCCCUUCUCGGACCACGGGUGUAGGCCUCAGAACUUUAGUCUGGGUUCAAUUGUGGAAGACCUUAUCUGCCUAGAACCAAAACUGCCAGUAUCAGCAGCUAUAGGAGAAGUAUGUGUCAGCUAUAACAACUGCCCAGCCUUUGCCGACUGUCUUGCUCGAGGUUGUGACGGUACUGUCUGUGUAUGUAUCGACGGCUAUUAUCCUACCAACAAUGGCAUGGACUGUAAACCAGUUGCUAGCCUGGGCGACGUAUGCGGAGAAGAGAGCGUGUGUCAUGGUCAAGGUGUGACCACAGCCUGUGUGUCUGGUGUGUGUACCUGUGAUGUCGGCUUCUCCCCCACCCCAAACGGACGCUGUAAACCUGUCCCAGAACCCAGACUGCAGUACGCUCUGUUUGGGGAAGCCUGUGGCCAUGUCGGUCAAACGAGGAUCAUUUGUGAGGACAAGUGGACGACGUGUGACUCGAUCAUGGAUGGGACGUGUGUGUGUCAAUACGGAACCAGGGAGGCCAGUAAUGAAGAGAGGGCCCGAGACGUGAACAACCCCUCCCCCUGCCGCCUACACGAGUAUCAGCUUGAAGAUGUCGGUCCGAAGGAAUGUGAAAGACAAAGAGCUCUUGAACAGUGUCAAAACUGGAAACAGGAGGAAGUUUUCUGGCGAGACUGGUUCAAACAAAGGCUGAUCAAUAUGACGCCAGAUCCUCCCAGACAGGACUGGGACUGGGUGAAACAGUGGAAAAGUCACCGCGAUAAACUACGAAGAUGCAGUCAGCUGAUGCCUGUCACGGACGAUGACAACUGGAGUGAAGAGGUCCGCGAAGUUAGAGUCAGCUAGACAACCAGAACAUGUAUCACAUUUUGGUGACACAAGCUUCGCAGUACUGACUGGAUUAUAGAUACGUGACCUAGCUGCUGCCUUGUAUAGAAAGCAAGCCCCAAUUGUGAACCCAAUAAGCCAGUUGCUAUUAAUUUAUCUACGUCUUCGAGUAUUUGAUUUCAUUUUAUUUCAUUUAUUAACAAUACAUGUAUUUAUUUGUUUGAAUGGUGUUUUACUAAACGACGGUGGCCAACAUUAUGGUGAGAGGAAAUCGAGCAGAGCCCAAGGGAAACCCACUACCAUGCGCAGGUUACUGGAAGGCCUUCCUACGAACAACUGGAGAGGAAGCAAACAUGAACUGGACUUGAACUCACAUCGACCGCAUUGGUGAGAGGCUCCUGGGUUAUUGUGCUGCGCUAGCACGCAAACCACCUGUCUCCUUAGACCCUACUGUCAGUGUAGAUACAUAGCGUGAUCAAAUUAGAAUUAAAUGACACGAGAUGCAAGGAUAAUUUGUUCCUCUCUCGCGAACACUUGGUGCUUAAUGCGGAAAGUGACGCUCUUUAGUGAAAAACUGGUGCAGUUUAGGUUGCAGUUCUAGAGUUCUAGAACUUUGGGUUGUUAUUUAGUGCGUAACUGUGUAGAAAGGCUAAUUGUCGGAUAGGACAGGAUUUUCCAGCACGUGCAUUGAAUAUACACAUGUUCUUAAGUCAACAGUUUGUGAAGUUUAUAUAUAUAUAU